AUGCUCCUUCCUCAGGGUAUAGAACAUGAGGGAGGCCAGAGAGUACUCCAUGUAAGAUCUGGACUACAUCGGCAUCCCGGGAGUCGUAGCAGAGAUUUCUCGCCUGCGGCCGCAGAAGCCACAAAACUCAUAGCCAGAAUUCAGGAUAUAGGUCAUAGAUUCUACCAGCAAUUCUUCGCAAGGACACUUGCUGGACAGCAUUAUUGCACAAGUGGGAGAGGUCGCGUUAAACAACAAACGUUUGAAGAGGCGGUUAGAAUCAUGAUCCAUAUCCUGAAUUCUGGCUAUGAGUUUCCGCUCUGGCAAGAUUUGGGGACUGUUGUCUCCUAUGACACCCUAGAGAUGCCAAUUACCUACUCGGAUUGCCAUCACGCAGGCGAGAAGACUCUGUCUACGGACUCCUGGAUGCGAUGUAGCUCAGUCUUACAUGGGACCCUGCACUAUGAGAUAGGAAUUUCAGCAUUUGAAAGUGGUUUUGGAGAUGUUUAUCUUGCAAAAAGGAGGAUUUUAAAAUGUUUUUUAGACGGUUGGAACAAUGCAAGUGAGAUGAUUGACAAGCUGACUCUGACCUACAACCGCACCCGACAGCUGUGA